AUGUCACCCCUCUGUAUAUAUGGCAACGACCCAGAAUGGAAGGAAGUUACCACUGCAGAAAGCAUCUUAGCCUUAGUCGCUCGCUUAUCAACCAAAGUCUUCCUCGGGGACGAACUAUGUCGCAAUGAAGACUGGCUGCGAAUUACCAAGGAAUACACACUCGAAUCUUUGGCGGCAGGUAUCAUAGUUAGCACCUUUCCCUCACUGCUUCAGCCCCUGGUUCCUUUCUUUAGCCAGAAGCCUAAGAUUGCUAAAAACAAGCUGAACGAAGUCCGCAAUUUCCUCAACCCAAUUCUUGCAGAACGGCAGCGACGAAAGGCUGAAGCAAAGAAGAAAGGCGAGCCAGCCCCAAAAUACGAAGAUACCCUUGAGUGGCUUCAGCAAGAGAGUGAUGGGGCGCCACUAGAUGCUGCUCUAUACCAGAUGGCUCUUUCAUUCGCGGCCAUCCACACUACCUCAGAUUUGUUAAACCGGACAUUGACACACUUGGCUAACGACCCUAAUCUGGUUAACGAUUUACGACAAGAGAUUGUGCAAGUCCUUAGCGUUGACGGCCUAAAAAAGAUUGCGCUCGCAAACCUGAAGCUCAUGGACAGUGCGAUAAAGGAGACACAAAGGAUAACCCCCACUUCAGCUUUUGCCAUGAGAAGAGUAGCGAAAGAGAAGGUUGUUCUACCAAAUGGAUUUGUCAUCCAAAGGGGUCAAUACAUCUCCGUAGAUAUGAUGGCCUUGGUUGACGCCGACGUUUACCCGGAUCCGCUCAAGUUUGACGCGUAUCGAUACUACCGCAUGCGAGAAGAUCCUCAGAAAGCUAUGAAGGCUCAUCUAGUUUCUACUACCCCCGAUAAUUUGUCCUUUGGCCUUGGUUACCAUUCAUGCCCGGGCCGUUUCUUUGCUGCCAACGAGGUAAAGAUUGCUCUUUGUCAUCUCUUGCUCAAGUACGACUGGCAGCUAGCACCCGGAGCUUCCCUCGAGCCAUACAAUAUGUUUGCGGAGAAUGUAGGCUUUGACCCCUCAAACAAGCUUCGCUACAGGCGCCGUCAGGAAGAGCUGAACACAGACUCGCUGAAUUACGAUUAG